AUGUUUAUUAUAAAAAGUAAUUUAGAAAGCGAUAACUCAUUGGAUAUUAGCGUAAAAAAAGAGCACAAUGCAAUAAACAAAUUUAUAAUUAUAUUGAUUAUUAUAAUUAAUAUAUUAAGUCUUAUAUUUACCUUAUUAUUAGCUAUAAAAUUUUAUCUAUGUUUUUUUAAUGUAACAUCUUUUCUAUUCAUUUUAACACAAACAUGCUUAUGGUCGUAUUUAGCAAUUUUAAAUGUUUAUGAUCAAAAAUAUGUUUUUUCAAUUUUUUCUUUCUUGGGAAUUAAUUUAUAUACACAAUGUUAUAAAAAUUUAAACAAGUUAUUCUUAUCCGAUGAUAUUCAAGAAUACCAUUUCAUGUCGAUUGCACUUUCUCAUUUACCAUUUCUUUAUAUAUGUUAUGAUAUUGUAAUAUUUCAGUAUGAUAGUAUUUUUAUUAAAAGUACUUUAGAUUACACUUAUAAUGAUAAAUCUUUAAUAAUAUUAAAUUUUUUAAGAGGAAUAUUUUGUUCUUUAUGUAUAGCUACAAUUUUUGUUAUUUCUUUGAUUUUAAAUAUACAAAAUACAUUUCGUACAUAUCCUUUACUGAAACUAUCAGAUUCUAAAACAAAAAAAUACCUAUUUUCUGUAUUUUUGUUUUAUUUUAUUGAUUCGCAAAUAAGAAUUAUUACAUUUCUCUUUAUUAUAGAAACAUACGAAAUAUUGACUAUAUGUGUAUGUAUUGCUUUUGAUACUCACAUUUUUAAAAAUAUUAUUAUUGGAAUAUCCUCAAUUUUAGUUUCUCCUUUGUCUAUAAUACUACAUUCAACAAAUAGAAAUUAUGGGAAUGAAAGGGUUGUAAGACUUAGUAAAUUAUUGAUAAAUUUUCGAUUUUUUGAAUUUUUUUUAAUUCUUUUUUAUGGAUCGUUAUACUAUGAUGAUGAAGAAAUAGGAAACACUUUUAUAUUAUAUAUACAGCUUAUUAAUCUAAUAUUAUUAUUUUUUCUAAUAAUAAUUUAUAAAAAAGUGUUGUCAUGUAAAAGAAAUUUUGAAGAAAAUGGUGACGAUUUUAAUGUAGAUUUAUAUAACAAUAUAAAUGAUAACUAA